AUGAGUGAUGUGAAGUGUUUAGUGUCGUCAAGCCCACAAUCUGCAACUGGAUUCAAACGGUGCGCCGAUAUUUUUGAUGUUGAGCAUGAUGCUCAAUACAAAAAACCUAAAAUUGAAGAAUCCAGCGAAGUGACUCCAUCCAACACUUCUUUGCCAACAUGUGGACUGGACGGUAAUUUAAACUUUCGUCCAGUGAACGUUCAACGCGUUAAAACGACCAUUAGUGUCAACAUAAAGACAAAAAUGGUGCCCAAGAAGAAGAUGGUUCGGAUGCCUCAACCAGUCGUUGCCGAGAAGGAAGUAGAACUGAUCACUGUUCCCAAGCAAGUGAAGCCAGAUCUUCAGCGGAGACAAUUGCGAGUGAUGCAGCCAGUUUCCAAAAGCCACGAGAUGUCUGGGCUUUGUUCCAUCAUUUUCGUCAACGACAUCUUUGAACGUAUCGCAGCUGAGGCAUCCAGACUUGCGCACUACAAUAAACGUUUCACCAUCACUUCCCGGGAAAUUCAAACUGCAGUGCGUCUUCUAUUACCCGAUGAAUUGGCCAAGCACGCCGUCAGGGAAGGAACCAAAGCCGUCACCAAGUACACCAGCUCUAAAUAA